GUGCUAGAGACGGGGCCAAAAAACGCCGUUCCUGGUGAUGGGACAAAAACAUCGAUUGUGGCAAGAGAACAUCGGUGUUUUCAUCGGUGUUUCUCCACCUCCGACGACCGACUGCUUUGCGUCGCUCGUUUCACCUACGAAAGUAAAAACAAAGCCGUGCAAAAGUGUCCGAAAACCGUGCGUAGCUUCAGACAAUUCGUAACUCGGCCAGCCAACUCGAGAGGCGCCGUUUUGGGCCGUUCCCGUUGUCGGUACUCGCGGAAUCCAGCGGAAAUUAAGGACUUUUGAAAAACGUUCGCCCCAAACGCAUUUCGUUCGUUCACUCACACACACACACACGCACAGUCGCAGACAAACACAUCGCGCAGCGCAUAUACACAAAGAAAAGAAGGCAGUGAAAAUCGACAAGCGCACGCAUGCACACACAGAGGCGAAAAAGUGUUGAUAUAUAUCCAAUAUAUUGAUAUAUAUUUAUAUGUAUAUUGAUGUUGUGUGCACCGUUGUUGUUACUGCUACUGCCGUGUGAGUGAGAGUGGGACAGAGUGAGUGGCAGCAGUGUGGGCGAGGGAGGGAGCGCGCAGGAUAAAGCGAAGAUGAGCCACAAAGCAAAGGAGUGAAAAAAUAAUUAACGGCGAAGAGAGUGGAAAGAACAGAGCGCACUGAAGAGGAGCAGGAGCAGCAGCAAAACUAACAACAUCAACAACAACGACUAGGAGACCCCCUUCAACUACAACUACAAAUUGGUCCUCUCAUUUUGGCAGUCGUGCAAGCCCCAUCUCGCUCUCUCUUUCGGUGGGGGAUACGAAAAAGUUCACAUGCAACAACAACGACAACAAACAAUAGCAGUCGCAGUCGACGCGGGCAGAGGCAGAGGCAGCGACAGAGACCGCGGCGCACUGAACGUAUUUUGUACAUAUAAACAAAAAUAGUUUUUAAACUCCCAAAUCUAAAUCUAAAUCUAAAGUUAAAACUAAAGCCCUAAGCAUAAAUCUACAGUAAAUAAGUUAAUUAAAAGCAAGCAAAUCAAGCAUAGAGAAACGCGAGGUAGAGAAAGGGGAGGAGAGAGACAAAGAGAGAGAUAGAGAGAGAGAGGAGAACGCUCAAAAGAAAUUCGCCUUUUACACGAUUUUAAAUUGAGCGUUUGGUUUGGCAGAGAUCCAUUAUACAUACAUCCAUCCAAAAAAAAAAAACGAAAAAAAUAGCGGGAGAGAGAGAGGAGCAGGGCCGAGCGGAGCGGAGCAACAACAAACAAUCGGGGAGCGGGAGCGGGAGCGGGAGCGGGAGCAGCUGAAAAAGGAGCAACUGUAAACACACACAAUCUCAGCCUCACGCUGGCGAAUCGCAACGGCAGCAACAACAACAGAGGAGGAGGCGGUGACGCUGGAGGCGGGGCAGCUGUGCCCGCCGCUUCCCGCAACAACAACAACAACCACAACAACAACGGAGGCGGCAACAACAACAAUGGAGGCGGAGGAGCGGCUGCAGUCGGCGCUGGCGCCGAAGGAGCAGGCGGCGGAGGAGGAGCGGGCAGAGAUGGUGCUGCAGCGGGAGGGGGAGCGGGAGCGGGAGGAGCAGCAGCCAACGAAUGGAACCCAGAGGAAAUGGACCGCUUCAGCUCCGACGACUCCAUCCGCUUCGAGGAGGACUCGCUGUGCAGCUGGAGCUCCGAACCGGAGUCGCUGUGCAACAACUGGCGCGGCUGGAAGAAGCCCGCUGCGGGCAGCGGAGCAGGCAGCGGCGGCCUGAGCGGCAUGGGCAGCGGCAUGGCGAUAGCGUUCGGAGCAGGUGCCUCCGCCUCCUGCACGCCGGGCGGCAGUGGAGCGGCCAUGGCCAGCACAUCCACCUGCGGCAGAUAUUAUGAAGUUUCCACAUUGGCCGAACUGGCAGCCCGCUGUGUGGCCUCCUACAUACCGUUCGAGCUGGUGGAGCACGUGUAUCCGCCGGUCCCAGAGCAGCUCCAGCUACGCAUUGCGUUCUGGAGCUUUCCGGACAACGAGGAGGACAUCCGGUUGUAUUCCUGCCUGGCCAACAGCUCGGCGGAUGAGUUCAAUCGCGGCGACUCGUUGUUUCGCGUGCGAGCCGUCAAGGAUCCGCUGCAAAUAGGCUUUCACCUGUCGGCCAGCGUGAGUCAGACGCCGCGUGCGUACUUCAAUGUGGCGGUCACCUUUGACCGCCGACGCAUCUCCUCUUGCAACUGCACCUGCACCUCGUCCGCCUACUGGUGCUCCCACGUGGUCGCCGUUUGUCUGCAUCGCAUCCAUUGCCCCCAGGAAGUCUGUUUGCGGGCACCGGUCUCCGAAUCGCUGACCCGCCUGCAACGCGACCAGCUGCAAAAGUUCGCCCAGUAUCUGAUCAGCGAGCUGCCCCAGCAGAUCCUGCCGACGGCCCAGCGACUCCUGGAUGAGCUGCUCAGCGCCCAGCCGACGGCGAUCAAUACGGUGUGCGGUGCACCCGAUCCAACGGCUGGGGCCUCGAUCAACGACCAGACCAGCUGGUAUCUGGACGAGAAGACGCUGCAUAACAAUAUCAAGCGGAUACUCAUCAAGUUCUGUUUGCCCGCCCCGAUUGUGUUUAGUGAUGUCAACUAUCUGACCAACUCGGCUCCACCGGCGGCGGCCGAAUGGAGCUCUUUGCUGCGGCCGCUGCGAGGUCGUGAACCGGAGGGCAUGUGGAAUCUGCUCUCGAUUGUGCGCGAGAUGUACAGGCGCUGCGAUCGGAACGCAGUGCGUCUGCUGGAGAUCAUCACCGAGGAGUGCUUGUACUGCGAUCAAAUACUCAUCUGGUGGUUCCAGACCAAGCUGGCCCUGAUGAUGGGCUCCCACGGCCAUUCGGGCGGCAAGCACUCGAACACGCACUCCAAUUCGACGGCCCUGCAGCACGCGUGCAGUUCGCUGUGCGACGAGAUUGUGGCUCUGUGGCGGCUGGCCGCUUUGAAUCCCGGCCUGGCGCCGGACGAGCGGGACAUGCUGCAUGCCCAGUUUACUGCCUGGCACCUCAAGAUACUCGAUCGCGUGGUCAAGAGCCGUAUGAUGCCAUCGUCGUACACGAACAAGCAUCAGCAGAAUUCGCGAUCGGAAACGGAGUUGUUUAUUGGCUUCAAGCCGGCCAUUGAGGCAUGCUAUUUGGAUUGGGAGGGUUAUCCCAUUCCUGGAGUGACUCACACCCACGACACGAAUCCCAUCUACUACUCACCGUUCACCUGCUUCAAGCACACGGACCUCAAGGGCGAGUCCAGCAAUCCCGGCCAGCUAAACGCCACCCAGGCGCUGAUGACGAACAACAAGCACUAUAAUUACUUUAGUGCGUCCAGCGAUCAUGCGGGCAUGCAUGCGGGAGCCUUUAAGCAGCGAUUGGAUCGACCCUUUAGGGAGUCGCGAUUCUAUGCGAAUCCGAGCGAUUUGGAUGGCGGAUCAGCGGCAUUGCCUGGCGGAGGAGGAAACGGCAGGUUUUCCACGGGUAAUCUGGGUGCUGUUGUCGGUGGAGCAGGAGGAGGAGGCAGCGUCGCAGGAGGUGUCACCGGCGGUGGAGGAGGAGGAGUGAACAACUCGGUUGGAGCAGCGACCGUUGAAGCGAAUACCGUACAGCUGCAGCAGCAGCAGCAGCAGCUGGUCAGCGGCUCAUCGGGAGUCGGUGGCUCGGCGGCAAAUGCCAAGGCAGCCGGAGGAGCAGCCGAUGGCAAUCGCUCGAGUGCCAGCAGCGAGGGAUUCUGUGAGAAUGACGAUUUCGGCGGCGACACCAGCAGCAGUCACAAUUACUGCCCACCGGGCGGCGGACAAGCGGUGGUGCCUGGCCAGAAAUCGGCCCUCACGGAGUCUGAUUCGCAGAGCAGUUUCGAUGCCGUGUCGCAGCAGAGCAAGGAUGAGCCGCCAGUGGGUGUGCCAGUGGGUGUAGAACAAGUGCUCUCCACCUCGGACACUUCGUCGGCCUCGUCGGCAUCGUCAUCGGCUUCGACUGCGUCGGGGAGCUCGAACAGCUCCACUUCCUCGAUGCUGAUGGCUGGUCAGGAGGCUGCUGUUGGAGGAGCAGUGCAGCAAGCACCGCGUCGCCUGAGCAAGGAUGAAUCCUUUAGCAGCAGCAGCGAUGAGUUCAAUCAGGCGGGAGGAUCGGCAGCGGGUGGCGUGGCUGCUGGGGAAUCCGCACAGGGAGGAGCGGUGGCCACAGCUGGCGGAGAUCUCACGCCAGUGCCCAGCACUUCGGCAGCCGCCCGAGCUGCCUUGGCCGCCAGUUGCUCCGCGGUGCCUGUAACUACACCUCUUCAAGCAACCAGUUCGGUCGGUGCUUCGGUGGAACAGCCCAGCACCUCAUCCGCCUCCGUGCACGCAGCUCGAACUUUGGCAGCGGCUGUGGCCGCCUCCAGCGACAAGCCGCAUGUAUUCUCCAAUGUCCGGCCCACGGAGGACGCUUGGGACAUACUGUUGGCCCGAGCCGAGGGACUGCAUGCCCAUGGACACGGCGGCGAGGCCUGCAUUUUGGCCGUUCGCCUGGCCGAGCAGAUGCUGGCCAAUCCGCCCAAUCUGCUGCUCGAACUGCCGCCCGCACCGAAGAGGAAGGGCAAGAAGCAGAACGUGAAUCCCAUCUCGCAUCAGCUGACCGUCGUCGCCUCCGCCACGCUGUCCAAAUGCGCUUUCCUCUGCACCGUGCUGUCGGAGAAUUCGGAGCACUAUCACAUCGGCUUUCGGAUAUGUCUGUUUGCGUUGGAGAUGCCGCGACCGCCGGCUAGCACCAAGCCGCUGGAGGUGAAGCUGGCCAACCAGGAGGCCGACAUACUGGCGCUGCUCAAGCGUUUGCCGCUCGGCUCGGCGGAGCUGCAGGUGAUUCGCGAGCGAGCCGAGCAGCUGCGCAGCGGAACCUUCAAGACGCGCGGCGAGGCUCUGCUGCCGAUCAACCUGGCUACGUUUAUUUUCGAUGCUCUGGUUACGCUCAGUCCGGCCAGUGGGUCUGCCAUUGGACCCGGAGUGGCUUCUUCUUCAAGCUCAAGUGGCGCAGGAAGUGCGGCUGGCAAAUCUAUGGUAAAUCCAGGCUCCCGUUUGAUGCUCUACAAGCACAACAGCGACGAGAGCCUCGGAUUCGAUGCUGCAGUGGCCGCGCUUGGACUGAAGGCCAAUGUCUCGGAGGCAGAGCAUCCGCUGCUGUGCGAGGGAACCCGCCGGCAGCGCGGCGAUCUCGCCCUGACCCUGCUCUCCCACUACAAGGACGAGCCGAGGAAGAUAGCCAAGAUCAUGGAGAAGCUGCUGGACAGGGAAAUACACACGCUGCUGAAUGCACCGCUCCUGCCCGCCUACUACUCGAGUAAUCCGCCGGUGAGGACGCCGAGCAAUCAACCGACGCGGCGGGAGGAGCACGAUUAUGGAGGCUCCGGCUCUGGUGGAUGCGCCUCCUCCAACUGCAAUCCGGUGGCCAAUCUGUGUGAGCUGCUGCCAGCGGAUUAUGGCAGUGUGGGAGGAAACAGUCGACCGCACAGCUCGACGAGCGCCGAACUGGAGCUGAGCAUGUGCGCCCUGAGCAUGGCGAGCAGCCAGUCGGGCGGCGGCGGCGGAGGAGGAGGAGGAGGAGGAGGAGGUGGCCAGGGCAUGGUGCCCACACCGAAUGCGGCGGGAAAUACGGGAACACCCAGUUCCAGCAGUACUACGGUUAGCGGUGGGCAGAAUCCCAAUGGGAAUCCCAGUGGCAGUGGAGGAGGAAACGGUGGCAACGGAGGCGGCGGAAGUUCCAGCAGCAGCCGGAGCAAGGAGAGCCGCUACAAGGGCAAGAGGGCCUACCCAUCGAUACCCAACCAGCCAUCCGAGGCCAGUGCCCACUUUAUGUUCGAGCUGGCCAAGAAUGUGCUGACCAAGGCGGGCGGCAAUAGUUCCACCUCGCUGUUCACCCAGGCGAGCACCAGCCAGAAUCACCAUGGACCCCAUCGUGCCCUCCACAUGUGCGCCUUUCAGCUGGGACUCUAUGCUUUGGGUCUGCACAACUGCGUCAGUCCCAAUUGGCUGUCGCGAACCUAUUCGUCGCAUGUCUCCUGGAUUCUCGGCCAGGCGAUGGAGAUUGGUGCGCCGGCCAUUAGUUUCCUGAUCGACACUUGGGAGGCGCACCUCACGCCGCCCGAGGCGGCUGGCAUGGCGGAUCGGGCGUCUCGGGGAUGGGACAGCAAUAUGGUUUACCCCGCCGCCGAGUUGGCCCUCUCCGUUCUGCCCCACGCCGCAGCCCUCAAUCCGAACGAGAUCCAGCGCGCGAUCCUGCAGUGCAAGGAGCAGAGCGAUCUAAUGCUGGAGCGAGCCUGUCUCACCGUCGAGACGGCUGCCAAGGGUGGCGGUGUCUAUCCGGAGGUCCUCUUCCAGGUGGCCCGCUACUGGUACGAGCUGUACAUGCGCAACACGCCGAACAACAGCGAGCACGAGCCGCAUGAGGAUACCAUGGACCACUCGGCGGUCAGUCUGAGCGCUUUGAUUGAGUCGCAGCAGCAGCACGAGCUUCAGCAGCAGCAGCAGCAGCAGGCGGUGCAGCAGCAGCAGGCAGUACAGCAGCAGCAACAGCAGCAACAACAGGUUGUGCAACAGCAACAGCAGGUGGUGCAGCAACAGCAGCUCGGCAUGCCCAAUCCCGGGGUGCCGGGCGGACCCGGAGGACUCCCUGUGGCCGUGCCCCCGCCCGUUGUGGGCUCUGUGCCGAAUCCGCAGGCCCAGUUCCAGCCCGUGGGCGUCGCCUCACUGGCUCCCCUCGGCCUGGCGCCCUAUCCGCCGUAUAGCUUCUGCCAGGGCCUCUACGCUCAUCAUCACAACCUGAGCUAUCCGCCCGGUCAGAUGCAAAUGUACAUCUCGGCGGGACCGCCGCCGCCGCCGCAGGGAUAUGGUGGCUACCAGCAGGCGCCGCCCCAGCAGCCGCCCAAUCAGCAGCAGCAGCAGCAGGUGGUGCAGCAGCAACAGCAGCAGGUGGUCCAGCAGCAGCAGGUCCAGAUGGCGGGUCAGGCGCCGCCGGGUCAUCCGGGACAGCAGGUUCAUCCGGGGCAGCCGCCGUCUGGCUUCCAGCAGCCACCGCCGCCGGGAGCUUUCCAGACGCUGCCGCCGCAGGCCUACCAGGCGAUGCAGGCGGGUCCGCCGGGACCACCGAUGGGACCGCCACAGGGAUAUUACGGCCCACCGCCACCUCCGCCUCCGAACGGCGGACCACCGGGAGUGGGCGUUAACGUGGGCGUGAUGCCAAUGCGCCAGCACCAGCACCAACAUCCCGUCUACCCCUUCAUGCAGCAGGCGCCGCCGCAGCCGCAACAGCAGCAGCAGCCGCCGCCUUCGCAGCCACCUGUGCGACAACGACAACCGCAUCAAUUCACACCCACCCAGCUGCGCUAUCUGCUGGCCGCCUACAAUGUGGGCAUGCUGGCCAUGGAGACGCUGGCGCGACGCGUUCACGAUGACCGGCCGCAGGCGAAGUACGCCCGAAAUCCGCCGUACGGCGAGGAUGUCAAGUGGCUGCUGCGGAUCAGCAAGAAGCUGGGCACCCAGUAUCUGCAUCAGUUCUGCAUCUGUGCGGUCAACUCGAUCGUCAGUCCGUUCGUCCUGCACGACGUGGCCAUUGAGUCGGCGCACUAUCUGGGCAGGAAUAACCACCAGCUGGUGAUGCAGCACCUGCGCUCGGCGCUCACACCGCUCGUCCAGAAGUGCCAGCAGAUGUACAUUCAGUGCAUCCAUCAGAAGCUGUACCACCUGACCCAAGGUGACUACGAGGAGUUUGCCAGCAUUGUGGUGGCAGCCCGCGCCGCCUUUCAGAUUACCCCCGAGGGCAGCGCCCAAUUCAAGGACUGGCUGCAGUCCAUCAAGCGAUCCAAAUCGUGCAAGAAAGAGCUGUGGACCCAGAUCAAUGCGGCUCUGCAAAGCAACUCCAAAUGACAAAGACUUGACUCCUGCAAUCUGAUGACGGCAGUGGCAACAGGAACAUUGGCGACGACGGCGGCGGCUGCAGCGACAGCGGUGACCGCAGAGUGCAAGUCAACAGCGCCGGCUGGCGGUAGCAGUGCC